CGUGUUUCCGUAGCUGUGGGAGCAGCCAGCUGUUAGCUAAGAAGCUACCUGAGCGACAGGUAUCAGCCGCUUCACCGCAAAUCUCCGCACAAGUCCCGCACACCCGCAGAACAGAAUGAUCAACGCUUUGCUGUAGCUGAGUUUUGUGUGACAGCUUCAGGUCGUGUCGCGUCAUUAGCUCCGCGACCCCCGCUACUUAGCCGGGGCUGGCUAGCUGCUAAGCUAACGUCAACUAGGGCAUCGCUCGAGGGGGUUCUUUUGUGGAGGAGGAGCCGCUGCUGCUGCUGCGGGCACCGACACACCAGCUCACCGACACACCGGCUCACUGACACGCCGGCGCAGACAUCAUGAACGUCGCUAAGAGCGGGUAUCGAGUCUUCUCAGCCAACUCGUCCCCAGCCUGCACGGAACUGGCCAAGAAGAUCACAGAGAGGCUGGGAGUGGAGCUGGGGAAGUCUGUUGUCUUCCAGGAGUCUAACAGAGAGACGAGAGUGGAUGUAAAAGAAUCUGUUCGGGGACAAACCAUCUUCAUCAUCCAGACAAUACCAAGAGAUGUCAACACGGCCAUCAUGGAGCUGCUGGUCAUGGCCUACGCCCUCAAGACGUCCUGUGCAAAGAACAUCAUCGGAGUAAUUCCUUACUUCCCCUACAGCAAGCAGUGCAAGAUGAGAAAGAGGGGCUCGAUUGUGUGCAAGCUGUUAGCGUCAAUGCUGGCCAAAGCAGGACUAACACACAUCAUUACCAUGGACCUGCAUCAGAAGGAGAUCCAAGGCUUCUUCAGCUUUCCGGUGGACAACCUGCGUGCCUCGCCUUUUUUGAUACAGUACAUCCAAGAGGAGAUUCCUGAUUAUCGGAACGCCAUCAUUGUAGCAAAGUCCCCAGCAGCAGCAAAAAGAGCUCAGUCCUACGCAGAGCGCCUGCGUUUGGGUCUGGCUGUGAUUCACGGCGAGGCGCAGUGCUCCGAGUCUGACAUGGCCGACGGUCGCCACUCACCACCAUCUGUACGCAACACCACGGGACACACAGGACUGGAGCUACCUUCAGGCAAACAACAAGCCCUGUUCCCCGGCAUAGAGCUCCCAAUGAUGAUGGCCAAGGAGAAACCUCCCAUCACUGUAGUUGGAGACGUGGGGGGGAGAAUUGCCAUCAUUGUGGAUGACAUAAUAGAUGAUGUUGGAGACUUCGUUGCAGCCGCAGAGAUCCUGAAAGAAAGAGGAGCCUAUAAAAUUUUCAUCAUGGCCACACAUGGUUUACUGUCUGCUGAUGCUCCGCGCCUCAUAGAGGAGUCGGCCAUUGAUGAGGUGGUGGUCACCAACACGGUCCCCCAUGAGGUGCAGAAGCUGCAGUGUCCCAAAAUCAAGACCGUGGAUGUCAGCAUGAUUCUGGCCGAAGCUAUUCGCCGCAUCCACAACGGAGAGUCCAUGGCCUACCUGUUCCGUAACAUCACUGUGGACGACUAGAGUUCUCAGACGGUGGAGGCUGAGGUAGGUCCGACAGUGACUGAGCGCCGGUGCACUUCCUCCCAGUCGUCUAAACAAAAACAUGCUAAUGCCAUGUUCCAUGUGCUCUCUGUUGUCUCAAGGAUCACAUGUGUCCUAAUAACGUGGAAGAAAAUGCUCAAUGUUAUUGAUCUUUCCAAAAGAUGUAAAAAACCGUGAAGGAUGAUUUGAGCUUGAAUGCUUCUAGUCAGAUUCUGAAGCCUUGGUUCUUUACUAUGUUUUGCUGCUGUACUUGAUGUCCCCAACAUUUGAAAGGAUUUGUUGUCGUACCUCAUAUUUAAUGAUUUAAGGAGCUUCAUCUGCAGACAUUGAAACAGAUGAGUUCCUGAUGCUCUUGCGAGCCCUCGUGAUCGGGGGUGCUUAGCACUGUGAUUAAGAUGCAAUGUGUAGUUUCAGACUACUGGAUUCACUCCUAUUCACAAACUACUGAAUAUUUAUUAUGCAGCUUUAUUUUGAAGGAACAUUUGUUAAAAGUUUGAAGUUUGUGGCAAUCUGCAGAAACCAAUGGGCCGUCCGUUUACAUUGUCUUUUAUUAGAUGGUCUGUUCCGCUGAGAUAUAACAAAUACCCAGCUAACUAUGGGGUUUAGGUUUUGUUUGCAGCUAUUUCAGGAAAUCCUCCUUCGAGACUCUUGCUAUUACCUUAGUAGAUGUGAAUGGGACUCAGGAGGUGUUUCAUUUUAAGAUUUGAAUUUGAUAUUUGAAAAAAUCAAAACUACCAGCUGUGGGCUAUAGAAACUGUUUAAAGAAUUUUAUGACCACAAAUGAAAUUCACCUCCGAUUACGAGUAUUGUGGUCGCGGCAGACCUCCUAACACUGAAUGGCUAAACAUAUCAGGCAAUAAAUACAAAAUUAGCUCUUUGUGAUUGGGUGAACUGACCCUUUAAUGUGUUAACAAGUUGACUGAACAUGCAUAGAACAACAUACUGUACUAAUUAACUGGCUGAAGGGGAACUUUAGCCUGGUUUCCAGAGCGUAGCUGAGUAGCAGUUACUGUAUCUGGUAACUGCGAGUUGGAAGUCUGGAGCUCUAGAGUUUGUUUAUAUUCUGCAAACUUUAAGCCGGCUUUGUUACGCUAUGUUAAAAUAAAAGUUUUGGGAGACAAACGAUGGUCAUAUCUUUUCAAAAGAAAUCUCCUUUGCACACUCCUUUGGCACUUAAAUGAAAAUAGACUGAACUGAUCCAGGCAUUCAGGGGCUUCACUGUGCAAAUACAACCAUUACAAAUUCCAAUUAGAGUUGCGACUUGCUGCUGAAGGGUUUUCUUAUGCACUAUUAAAGUAAAUGGAAACCAUUGACUUUCUGGAAGGAGUAAACAGUAUCAGCAGCAGUCCUGUAGUAAGUGGGUAAAAAGAUGUGAACAGCAGGAUGGUCCCUGGCUCUGUUCAGACCUGGUGUUAACAUCCGUCCCGAUUGUGUCUCCAAUGUCCACUGUGUGAAUCCCAAAUAAUUAUUUAUGUCAGUCUGAGUUUUCACAUGUGUGCAAUGACAAUGUUGGUGUGUGUGUGUCUGUGUGUUGGAGAGAGAAAGAGGAAAAGAGAGCGAGAAGAGUCAGGAGGAGCUGAAUGAAUGAACUGAGUGCAACUGGGCUCCAUUUGAAAAAUAUAGAAAUCAUUGUGUGUUGAUUCCAGGACAGAUGUUAACACAGGUUCUACAUGUCGGUUUCUAAAUGACUUGUGGUUUCUCCCUUUAACAGCUGAACACGUGCACCUGUCUGUGUCCUCUGAGUAAAUGUCAGAGAGAAGCUCAAGGGGAAUUUAUUGUGUCUGUGCUGAUUGACCCUUUUGCUCAGGGCAACAUGCUCUACAAGCCAACGCACACCUGUUUGUAUUUGCAGUCAAAGUGUGAGAUUGGCUUCUGCACAGCCGUCCUGCACCACGUUUGCUUUUUACCACAUUCUGUCGGAAUCCUCCUCAUGCUCUGAUGGUUUGAAGUUGUGAUGCACACACCGGUGUUGUGUUGGUGCAAAGUUAAGGGGAAGUCUGUAUCAAAUGCUGAAGUUAUGGUCAUAAAUGUCAUGAUGUCUUCUCUGUAUGUAACCCCCCCCCCCCCCGUCUGCCUCUACAGCAUUUGUAUUUGUCGAUGGAAAUAAAACUGUUCCCUCUUGUGCGUGAAAA